UACUAUAUAUACUGUACUGAUUCAUACGUUGAUUGAGUGUAAAUAAAGUACAGUAUAGAUAGUACAUAGAGUGUGCUAUUUGUUGAUAUAUGAUAAUAGUGGGCGACAUUUGGCAGUGAAUGAGUGCUAUAAUAAUAACAUCAAUAUAUACCUCAAUAUAACUGCUGUUUAUAUGUAAUAAUAAUCAUAACUUCCGUUAAAUUGUUUGUCAAUGGGUUUUGUAAACAAUAAUUGAUUACCGAUUGACUCAAUUAAGUAACAAAUGAAUUGAUGUAACCAUACGUUUGACAUAACAUUUGAUUUUAUUUAUUCAUAAAUUUUAAACCAAUUUCUGUCAAAAUGGCCUCAAAUGGUGUUUUGAUUAAUAAUAAUAAUAACAAUAAUAGCAGUAAUUUAAUUAAUAAUAAUAAUAAUAAUAACCACACAUUUGGCAGUCAAAUGUCCAUUAAAUGGGAUCCGAAAAAUCUGGAAAUCAGGACAUUAUCUGUAGAGAAGACAUUGGAACCACUGGUGAUGCAGGUGACUACUUUGGUCAACACGAAGGGUCCGUCCAAGAAAAAGAAGGGUCGAUCCAAAAGAGCUCAUGUAUUGGUAGCGGCUGUGGAAAAGGCCACCGAAAACUUUAUACAAAAAGGAGAAGAGAUAGCACUUGAAAAUCCCGAUAUUAAGGACGAAAUGCUUUUAGCCGUCGAUGAAGUCCGAAAAGCUGGUGAUUCAAUGGGUAAAUCUUCUCGAGAGUUUGCUGAAGACCCGUGCAGUUCAAUAAAGAGAGGAAAUAUGGUGAAAGCGGCCCGAAAUUUAUUGUCAGCCGUAACUCGACUUCUUAUAUUAGCUGAUAUGGUUGAUGUUCAUAGACUUCUCAAAUCAUUACAAAUAGUUGAAAAUGAUUUGGACAAAGUUAAGAGCGCUUCCAGUCAUUCAGAGUUAGUCGAAUCAUUCAAGAGUUUUGGUAAAAAUACAGCCGAUCUUAUUAGUCAAGCGGCCAAAAGACAAGCAGAACUUAAAGAUCCGCGUCUUAGAGACGACUUGGCCGCCGCUCGAGCUAUUCUUAAGAAGAAUUGUAUGAUGUUAUUGACAGCUUCUAAAGUAUAUGUUAGACAUCCGGAACUGUCAGCGGCUAAAGAAAACAGAGAUUUUAUUUUCAGACAGGUUUGUGAAGCCGUUAGUGCAAUCAGUGAUGUGGCUCAGGGCAAACUCGAGUCCAAUAACGGUUUAGGCGUUCCUCCUUUCGACGGCCCCGGAGAACUUGCCGCAGCUCUUGACGAUUUUGAUGAAUGUAUUUUAAUGGAUCCGUUGGUAUAUAACGAGAUGAGAACACGACCUCUACUUGAAGAACGUCUUGAAAGUAUUAUAAGUGGCGCCGCACUUAUGGCUGACUCUUCGUGUACUAGAGAUGAACGAAGAGAGAGAAUUGUUGCCGAAUGUAAUGCCGUUCGUCAGGCACUACAAGACUUAUUGUCAGAGUAUAUGGCAAAUGCUGGCCGUAGAGAACCAGAUGAAGGAUUGGACAAAGCUAUUGAUCACAUGAAUCGCAAAACUAGAGAUUUGCGAAGACAAUUGAGAAAAGCAGUUAUAGAUCACGUGUCCGAUUCAUUCUUAGAAACCAAUGUACCUCUUCUGGUGCUAAUUGAAGCGGCAAAGAAAGGAAGUGUUAAUGAAGUAGAAGAAUAUGCUCAGGUAUUUACAGAACACGCAUCAAAACUGGUGGAAGUGGCAAAUCUAGCGUGUAGUAUGUCUCCCAAUGAAGAUGGCGUCAAAAUGGUUCGCUACGCAGCUCUUCAAAUCGAUAGUCUUUGUCCACAAGUGAUAAACGCCGCUCGGAUUUUGGCUGCGCGACCGCGUUCUAAGGUUGCACUCGAAAACAUGGAGGCAUUCAGAGAGGCCUGGGAUAAUCAGGUGCGCAUACUUACCGAAGCAGUUGACGACAUCACAACCAUAGAUGACUUUUUGGCCGUUUCGGAGAAUCAUAUCUUAGAAGACGUUCAAAAAUGUGUGGUCGCUCUACAAGUGUCAGACGCUGAUAGUCUUGACAGAACAGCCGGUGCUAUUCGAGGUCGAUCUGCACGAGUAUGUAAUGUAGUGACCGCUGAAAUGGAUAAUUAUGAACCGGGAAAUUAUACGGAAAGAGUAUUGGAAGCGGUGACGUGUUUAAGAGAUCAAGUUAUGCCUAAUUUUGCCGGACGUGUUGAACGAGCUGUCGACGCACUUUCAAGUGAUCAACGCGGAGAACUCGAUGAAAAUGAGUUCAUUGAUGCCUCGCGUCUUGUUUACGAUGGCGUCCGUGAGAUCAGACGCGCAGUUCUUUUGAAUAGAACUGUCGAAGAACUUGAUUCUGAAACAGAAAUAGAAUACGAAGACAAUACGUAUGAGACUCGAAGCAAAUCGAGUAUUCAUACGGACUUUGAUGAGUAUCCGGAUAUUACUGGAAUCAGUAAUACAAGAGAUGCUUAUCGAUUGAUUUCAGCUGAAGAAAAGGAGAGAAUUGCAGAACAAGUGGAGACAUUCAGAACUGAGAAGAAUAAGUUUGAUAGAGAAGUGGCCAAAUGGGAUGAUACGGGAAAUGAUAUUAUAGUGAUUGCAAAGGAAAUGUGUAUGAUUAUGAUGGAAAUGACUGACUUUACACGUGGUAAGGGACCACUUAAAACUACUAUGGAUGUCAUCAAUGCGGCCAAAAGGAUAUCUGAAUUUGGAUCCAAAUUGGAUAAAUUUGCCAAACAAAUUGCGGAUCAAUGUCCAGAGUCUACCACCAAAAAUGAUUUAAUUUCAUAUUUGGCAAGAAUUACUCUAUACUGUCAUCAAUUGAAUAUUACAUCUAAAGUCAAGGCUGACGUACAAAACAUAUCAGGAAAUUUGAUUGUUUCGGGGCUCGAUAGCGCCACAUCACUAAUCCAGGCGGCGAAGAACUUAAUGAAUUCAGUUGUCUUGACUGUCAAAUCAUCAUAUGUUGCAUCUACUAAAUAUCCAAGAGGUGGACAACCAAUUUCACCAAUAGUUGUCUGGAGAAUGAAAGCGCCAGAAAAGAAACCAUUGGUCAGAAGGGAAAAGCCAGAAGAAGUUCGGGCGAAAGUACGGCGCGGAUCACAGAAGCGUAACAUUGCGCCCAUCAAAGCGUUGAGUGAAUUCCAGAGUCCGGCCGAAUCUGUUUAAUGUAAUAAUUAUUAUUUUAAACUUAUAUAUACACUAAUACUUAACCAAAUAUUAUAUACACUAUUAUCGUGAGUGACAUUCCUCUAAAUACGCUUUUUUCUAUCACUAUCUUUCUCUUACAUUACGGUAACACAAAAAAUGCAUGACUUAAAUAAUAAUUUUCUAUACUAAACAAAAAAUUAUUCAGUAUUUUAAAAAUUAUUUUAUGUACCGAAAUAAUGUAUUUUAUAAAUUGUUUUUUAUAACCGUUUAACUAUCGGUAAUAAUUUGCCAAAUUUAUUUAUUUAAGCAAUUUUCAUAUUCAAAAACUAUAGCAAUACAACAUAUACAGUAUAUCUAUACAAUGAAACUAUACGUACAUAUUUUGACUACAAAUAUCAACAAAUAUUUUAAAUGUAAACACUAAU